GCUCUCCAUCUGCUUCACGAUCGCUGCCGUGCAAGCACGCCCGCCCCGCAGCCCUCCUGCACAAGCCAUCGAUCUCCUCUUCGCCAAACGCAACCAUCCGUCCAGCUUCUCAGCCGCAGUCCAGCAGAUAAACCAUGGGUAUCCCAAAGUUCUUCCGCUGGAUCAGCGAGAGAUAUCCUCUCACGAGCCAAAUGAUCCAAGAGAACAGAAUUCCAGAGUUUGACAAUCUGUAUCUGGACAUGAACGGCAUCAUCCACAAUUGCACCCACUCCAACGACGACGACGUCCACUUCCGUCUCACGGAAGAGCAGAUGUUCUUGGGCAUCUUCAACUACAUCGAGCAUCUCUUUGCCAAAAUCAAGCCCAAGAAGCUCUUUUUCAUGGCCGUCGAUGGCUGUGCGCCAAGGGCAAAGAUGAACCAGCAGCGCGCCCGCCGCUUCAGAACCGCCAAAGACGCUGCCGAGAACAGAAGGAAGGCACUCGCCCGGGGCGAGGAACUUCCCGAGGAGCCUCCAUUUGACAGCAACUGCAUCACCCCAGGCACCGAGUUCAUGGCCCGCCUGUCGGACCAACUCAGGUACUUUGUGAACAAGAAGAUCACCGAGGAUGCCGCAUGGCGCAAUGUCAAGGUUAUCCUCUCCGGACACGAGGUUCCCGGCGAGGGCGAGCACAAGAUCAUGGAGUAUAUUCGCCUAGCAAAGUCCCGGCCCAACUACGAGCCCAACCUCCGCCACUGUCUGUAUGGACUCGACGCCGACUUGAUCAUGCUUGGGCUGCUGACGCACGAGCCCUACUUUUCGCUGCUCCGCGAGGAAGUCACCUUUGGCCGCAAGUCGCGCAAGUCCUCGAACAACCCCGGCGAACAGAACUUUUAUCUGAUGCAUCUGUGCCUCUUCCGCGAGUAUCUGGACCGAGAGUUUUCCGACAUCCGAAACACCCUGCCGUUUGCUUACAGUGUCGAGAAUAUCAUCGACGACUUUAUCCUCCUCAACCUGUUCAUCGGAAACGACUUUUUGCCACAUCUUCCCGACCUCCAUAUCAACGAAGGUGCCUUGGCUAUGGUGUUUCAAAUUUACCGGCAGGUUCUUCCCACGCUCGAUGGCUACAUCAACAAUGGCGGCCACAUCAACCUGGAUCGCCUGCAGACGAUCAUGGGCACCUUGUGCCAGUUCGAAUGGGAGCAUUUUGUCGAAAGCCAGGCCCAGGAUGACAAGUGGAUGAAAAAGAAGCGCGGACACCGAGGAGACAAAGGGUCGAGCCAACAGCAGCCGGUUCAUGAAACAAACGGGCCAUCAAUGUCGCUCAGCCAGAAAGCGUAUUUCGACGAGAUCAAGGCCUUUGUGCACAAGCGCGGCCGCUCUGAUCGAAUCGAGUUCUCGACCAUGCUGCCCGCCCGUGAUCGCGCCUUCAUUAUCGAGCUUGUCAAGCAACUCGGUUUGCGCCACAACAUCGAGUUUCGAGAGACAGAAGACGAUGAUGGCCAGCACUAUUUGGUGAUCGAAUGGGAGGAGAGCGGCGACGACGACGAGGAGGAGUUUGACCAAGAAAGCUCUGCCGCUCAAGAGCGUGUGCUCAAAAAAUACGCCGGAAUGAGGAUCACCGAUGAGAAGCAGGUCGCCCAAGACCUGGAGCUAUCAGCUGAAGAACGCCUCAAGAGCGACUUUGAGAAGAUGAAACACAUCUACUACCGGUCCAAGCUCGAGUUCUCCGAGAAGAGCGGCGCCAUGAAAGAAGAGAUUGCGACUCUGGUUGCCUCGUAUAUCGAGGGCCUGCAGUGGGUUAUGCUCUACUAUUACGAAGGUGUCCCAUCGUGGUCUUGGUUCUUCCCGUACCACUACGCCCCCCGUGUCUCUGAUAUCGUCGACAUUGGCCAGCUCAAGAUCACCUUCAACAUCGGCACCCCAUUCCUUCCAUUCGAGCAGCUCAUGGGUGUUCUUCCUGCGGCCAGCCGCAGCAUGAUUCCAGAAGCGUUCAAAAGCUUGAUGACCGAUGCCGGAUCACCUAUCCUCGAUUUCUACCCUCUGGAUUUCGAGUGCGAUUUGAACGGAAAGAAGAACGACUGGGAGGCCGUUGUCAAGAUCCCGUUUAUUGAUGAGGUGCGACUCCUCAAGGCGAUGAAAGCGCGUGAGUCCCAGCUCACCAAGGAGGAAAAGCGACGAAACACACACGGUUCCGCGGUCAUUUUCAAGUAUGACCCGGACCACGUUCACCACUUCCCCUCGCCUUUGCCUGGCCGAUUCCCCGAUAUCACCGCAUGCACCUGCAAAGCAGAGUCCUACAGUUUACCGGAGCUUGGCCCGCACGGCUUUAUUAAAGGACUUCUUCCCGGCGUUCAAGUUGGCGGAACCAACGUGCCUGGCUUCCCGGCCUUGGGCUCCAUCACGUAUACGGCCACGCUGGGCUUCCAUGGCGUCAACGUCUUCAAUUCAGAUAGCCACAACGAAAGCAUGGUCAUCACGCCUGUGAAUCGCUACCAAGGCGCCAAUUUCGACCAGGUGGCCAGAGAUAAGAUUGGCACAUCUAUCUUUGUCGGCUGGCCCUUCUUGACUGAGGCGCUCGUGAAGGGGAUGGUUGACGAGUUUUUCAAGUACGACCUUGUUGAGGGCUCCUCUGGCCGCCCCCACGUCGUCAAGACCCCGCACUCUCCCGAAGCCUCCGACAAGUUCUUCAAGACUGCCGAGAGAAUCGAGCAUUUCUACAGCAAGCGCUUUGGCACCUUGCUUGGUCCCGUGGAGGCGAUGUUCUAUGUGUGGCCCUUGAAGGGCAUGCGCCUGGAGGAGGACGGCUCGCUCGUCAAGGAGUACUCGCCCAGAGUGGGCGAAGAGUUUGUGCCGCUCCAGCUGGUCGUCGACACCGUGGCAACUCCCGACGCUCGGUUUGUGGAACUCCCUCCCCCUCCUCUGCCGACCGAGUUUCCCGAAAAGUCGCCUGUCUUUUUCCUCGGAGGCCAGAACUACGGCGCGCUGUCGGAGGUUAUUGGCUACCAGGAGAACAGCUUCCUCAACAUUCGACUGCGCAAACCCGUCCAGCCCGAAUACGAAUCUGACUUUGUGUUUGUCACAUCAAUGGCGGAACGAGAGUACCACAGCAUCCGCUUCAUCCCGGCCUGGCAAAUGACCAAGACCGUGGGCUGCGGCUCAUAUGCGCUCUCCAAGAUCACCUCGAGUCUCCUGGUGAUGCUGCCCCGCUCUGAUCAAAAGUACAACGUGGGCCUGAACCUCAAAUUUGACGGCAAGCAAAAGAAGGUCAUCGGAUACACCCGCAAGAGCGGCGGUGGAUGGGAGUACUCCGACAAGGCUAUCGAGCUGAUCAUCUCCUACAAGACGCGGUUCCCUGAGCUCUUCAGAGGACUGGACAAGAAACCCAAGGGCGACUUCCAUGUCAUGACUGACUUUUAUCCAGAGGAAAUCGCCAAGGACAAGCUCCAAGAGAUGGAGGAUUUCUUGAAGCAGGCCGGCGUCAAGUCUUUGGACAUUGCCCCCCUGGAUGCUCAGAGCUUGGCCAAGGAAACCAUCAUGAACAUUGAGCAAGAAAUCGACCGGAUCGUCGAGUCGACAGGCCCGAUCAAGAUCAAGUACAUUACUGUCAAGAAUGUCCCACGACAGGCGGUUCUCAAGCCAGCACACGCAAAGCAUCGUCUCUCGCACCAAACUUUUGGUCUCGGCGAUCGCGUCGUCUAUGCUUUUGAUGAGGGCUCGGUGGGGCUCGGUGCGAAGGGCACUGUCGUUGGAAUCGACGGCAAGACUCUCGACAUUCUAUUCGAUGCACCCUUCAUGACCGGCCAAGAUCUGGACCGGCGCUGCUCGCCAGGCCGCGGGCUGUCGGUGCACAAGGACUGCCUCCUCAAUCUGAGCAACCCACAGCCGCCACAAAAUCAAAAAUACCAGCCUGCCGCCUCGGCCGGCCAUGCAGCUCCCACGGCACCCGGCACACGCACGGGCGCCAAGAGCCAGCCUAAGCCUGGACAUGUCGCCUACUCGCUCAAGCCGCCGAUCAAUCUCGAACAGGUCCAGGCGGCACCUCCCCCCAAGAUCAACCCCUGGACUCGCGCAGGACCCGCUGGGACCCCGGAACGCGCAGAGGCAGCUGGUGGGCAGAGCUCAGUCCAGCGCCAGUCCGCGCAUGCCGGAUAUGGCUCGUCACGACCGCAGACGACGGGCUCGCAGUCGGCCUCGCAGCCCAACCGGGCCGCAGGAGAAACCAGUCAGCGCUUUGCCGGCGCUGAGACUCCAAGCCGACAGCCGCCCCCACCACAGUUUACUCGCGGUGGCGAUGGCGAUGUACCCAAAGGACCAAAGCCGCUAAAGCGGGAUUCGGCUGCUCCCUCCGCGCCAGGAGUCGGCAAAGGAGGAAAGCCUGCCCCCGACGCUUCUGCAGUUGCUGGUCCCAGCAGCCGUCACCACCCGGCCGGACCGUACGAUGGGCCGCCGAGCGCCCGUGGUGAAGCUCCCAAGAAAGCUCCCCCCGUCGCCAAGAAGCGAAACUCGGUUCCUGUGGAUGAAUCGGCCGCCAACGAGCCCGAAGCGAAUCUGGCAGAGAAGCGGCCUGCCGCGGGCACGAGCGCGGCCGCAAUCGACACAAGCGAAAUCACGCGAAAUCUGAAGAACGUUCUGCACAUCGGCGAGCCCUCUCCGGGCACCACCAAGGCUCCGACCUCCACCCAGCCUGCUGGAGCGGCUCCGUUGAAUGGGCAACAUGGAAUGGGCAUUGGCCAACCCCAUCCGAUGACAAUGCCUCUGAUGAUGAUGCCGGUUCAGCCCGGCAUGCAUCCCCAGCAGCAGCCAUUCGCGUACCCGGCUCCUCCACAGGGCUAUCCGGUUCCUCUCGUCCCCAACUAUGGCCAGCCGAUGUAUUUGCAGCAGUACCCGCCGUACCCACCAUACGGUGCCCCGCCGCAUUUUAUCCCGCAGCAGAUCGGUCUCCAGCGUCCGCCGCUGGCUCGGCCGCACGAUCGCUCGGAGCCCGAGGGAGCAUUGCCGGCCCAGCCGCGACCCGCGGGCGGCGAGCCCGUUCCCCACGACCCGCACGCCCAGAACAUUUCCAAGCAAAUCCUCUCGCUGCUGCAGACCAACCAGCCUGCGGAAGGAGCUGUGGAUGCGGAGAGCGCCUUCUCGCCCUACAAUGUUGCACCACGCGUCGGUGCCGUCAGCACCAAGAACGAGCUGGCGGAACUGGUCAGCGGCAAGCACAAACCCAGAGACGGCAAUCCGGCGUCCCGCGGCGCGCGCGACGGAGCCAAGGGCCGGUCCUACGAAGACAGACCGGCGACUUCGUCCACGGGCGCGGGCCAGGAGCCCGUGGACGAAGCCCCCGUCGAUGGUGCGGAUGCUCGAGCCAACGACGGCGACUACUCUCGACGAGGCGGCUCGGGCUCAAACUACCGCGGUGGCCGUGGCGGCGGAUUCCGUGGACGUGGACGUGGCGGCCAGUACCAUUCGUCGGGCAGGGACUACAACGGAGGAGGCUAUUCAAGCCGCGGAGGACGCGGCGGUCGGGGCACGGGCAAGGGCUAUGCGGCAGCCGAGCCCUCCAAUGCCUAACGUGGAUUUUGUUCCUCUGUUUGGCGACACCUUUACAGCAGCGGAAAUUCUGCGCUGUCUUUCGCAAUUCGCACCCAAUUUACUUUCUCUUUCGUUGCCCAGAUUCUGCUGAACUUUUCUCCCUUUGGGCCCCUUGUCGCCAUGGCUCGGCAAGACGCACUGGCCCGCUUCCACUCACUUUGAUUUGCCACUUUCAAGAACCCCGACAGCCUGUUUUAUUCUCCUUCUAUCCCUCUUUGUUGAGACCGUUUCUUUUCUCUUGUUUGGUUCUUGCUCCGACUACUCUUUCGCUUCAGCUCUCUCUCUCUCACCCUAGACUCACUGUGUAGAAAUACCUCCAUUCUGCAUUUUUUGCAUGGGCGAAGGAAAUGACGACAAUACAGGUAGCCUUUUCGCAACACGAA